UACACACUAGUGUUUUUGCUCACCUUUCAUUGAACUUUUCAAUUGAAUGGCUGAGAAAAAUCCACAGCUUCAAUGAGGAACAAAACCAAAACCCACUUAGAAAAUUAAACACACACUUCUCUCUGCAAGUUUACAUAAACUAAGAUUAUACAUAAAGAUGCAAACUUUAGGAUAUUGGCCCUUAAAGGGUGACUUGUGGAUAGUAUCUGAAUUGGGCUUUGAAAGGAGGAGCUCAAAUAAUGGUAGAAGGAGAAGAAAAACUAUAUGGGGUCUUGGGUUUUCAUCAUUGCUUGCUAAUGAUUCUAGAGGUAAUGGAUAUGGGGGUUGUCAUGGAAAGUCAAGAUUUGAUUUGGGAUGUGGGUUUUCCAAACUUAAAGUUGGUCGCUUUUGUAAGCCUAAGAAAAAUUCUUUAGGUUCUUCAGUUGCUUUGGUGUUUGCAUUGGAACAACAAGCAAUUGGUAGUGAAUUUCAAAUUGAAGAAGAGUUCAAUUCAAAUGGGACUUUGUCUGAAAAUUCUGAGAUUGAUGGUAAUCUACAUUUGAGUUCUGCCAAUAAUGGUGGUGGAAAAGAACAACCAAAAAGAGAAACUGGUGUGGGCAGUGAGGGAGAGAAUGGUGGUAAGGUCAAUGUUCGCGAACUCGGUUUGAGUUUAGGGUUAGCUAAAACAGCAGAUGAUGUAGAUGAGAUUCUUAAGGACAAGGGUGAGUUGCCACUUCAAGUAUACUCAACUUUGAUUAGAGGUCUUGGUAGAGAAAAGUUACUUGAUUCUGCUUUUGCUGUUCAUGAGUGGCUUAAGAGAAAAAAGGAAGAAACUAAUGGAGUUAUUGGCCCAAAUUUAUUCAUAUAUAAUAGUCUUUUGGGUGCAGUGAAGCAAUCUGAAAAAUAUGGAGAAAUGGAGAAAAUCUUGAAUGAUAUGAGUCAAGAAGGAGUUGUUCCCAAUAUUGUAACUUACAAUACAAUAAUGGCAAUUUACUUAGAGAAAGGACAAGGUGUAAAGGCCCUUAACAUUCUUCAAGAGAUUCAAAAGAAGGGUCUCACUCCAUCUCCGGUAUCCUAUUCUACAGCCUUGUUGGCCUACCGAAGAAUGGAAGAUGGGAACAGCGCGCUCAAGUUCUUUGUUGAGAUCAGAGAAAAAUAUCAAAAGGGAGAGAUUGGUAAAGAUGGUAAUGGUGAUGAAGAUUGGGAAAAUGAGUUAUUUAAGCUUGAAAACUUCACAAUACGAAUUUGCUACCAAGUGAUGAGGCGAUGGCUUGUGAGCAGGUCGAACUUGAGUACUGAAGUUUUGAAGCUUUUAAUGGCUAUGGAUAAUGCUGGGAUUCCACUGGGUCGAUCUGAGUAUGAGCGAUUAUUGUGGGCUUGCACCAGAGAAGAUCAUUAUCUUGUGGCAAAAGAAUUGUAUGAUAGAAUAAGAGAGAAGUAUUUUGAUAUAAGUUUAUCAGUGUGCAACCAUUUGAUUUGGCUAAUGGGGAAAGCUAAGAAAUGGUGGACAGCAUUGGAGAUCUAUGAGGAUUUGUUGGACAAAGGUCCAAAGCCAAACAAUAUGUCACAUGAACUAAUAGUCUCUCAUUUUAACAUUCUCCUAACUGCAGCUAGAAAAAGAGGAAUUUGGAGAUGGGGAAUCAGGUUACUUAACAAGAUGGAAGAGAAAGGCCUAAAGCCCGGGACAAAGGAAUGGAAUGCAGUUCUUGUUGCUUGUUCCAAAGCUUCAGAAACUACUGCUGCUGUGAAGAUCUUUAAGAGAAUGGUGGAACAAGGUCAAAAACCGACAAGCCUUUCCUAUGGGGCGUUGCUUAGCGCUCUUGAGAAAGGGAAACUAUACGAUGAGGCUAGGCAGGUGUGGGAACAUAUGCUUAAGGUGGGUGUUGAACCAAACUUGUAUGUUUACACUAUAAUGGCCUCAGUUUUUGCUGGACAUGGGAAGUUUAAUUUGGUUGAAACAGUGCUUAGUGAAAUGAAUUCGUCGGGUAUUGAGCCAACUGUUGUCACAUACAAUGCAAUCAUCAGUGGUUGUGCUAGGAACGAUAUGAGCAGCGCAGCAUUUGAAUGGUUUCACCGAAUGAAAGCUCACAACAUUCCUCCAAAUAAUGUGAGUUACGAAAUGCUGAUUGAAGCUCUAGCUAGAGACUCUAAACCAAGGCUUGCUUAUGAGCUGUACUUAAAGGCUGCUAAAACUGAGGACUUUGACCUCUCUCCAAAGGCUUAUGACAUGGUGGUUGAAUCAUCCAAAUUGUAUGGAAUUCCUAUUGAUCUAAGAGUUUUAGGACCCCGACCGCCGGACAGAAAGGAUACAGUGAACAAAUAGGAAAUCUAACCAUAUUUAUAGUCUCAAUCAUUUGAAUGUGAAAGUAAAAAAAAAAAAAAGAAACAAUUCAUUUGGUGGUACUUGGUGCCCUGAAUUUGUAUGAUACUAGAUUAUUCAACCCCAUAUAUCUUUGUACAUUUUUGGCUUUGUUUAUAGUGUAUGCAGCUUCCUCUCAUCUCA